AUGGACAUCAACGCUGAGGUCUCCAAACAGCUGUCUCUGAUCGAUGCACUACUGAACGAUCUUGACAAAACGAUCACACCAUGUGCUAGCAAAAAGAAUGAAAAAAAAGAAGAAGAAACACAGGAUGCCAUGCCAGACUCUACUACGAACACGGAAAAAAACAAUGCCAAUCCAUUCCACUGUGGUGAUGAUGUGCUUGUACCCAAUAAAGAUGGACGGUAUUAUUUAGGAACUAUCGUAGAACUAAGCACCAGCAAUGACAAUGACUCAUGUGAGGUGGGAGCAGGCGUCGCGAAGUGUCUUGUUAAGUUUGGAGACGGCACACAUGCGUGGGCUCCUGUAUCUUCUCUCAAGUUACUUAGCGCUCCACCGGCGGACGAUGGGCGAAUUAUGUGUGUGGUGUGUAAGCGUAGGGAAGGACCCGCUUCUAGUCCUGCGACGAACGCGAUCAUUGCAUGCGACAUGUGCGGACGAGGGUACCACGCUAAGUGUCACUCGCCGCCCGUAGAUGCGUGGAUUAACGGUGCAUCAUGGCACUGCAAAAGAUGCGUGGACCAAAGGUACAGAGUGGCGGCGGCUGAGAACAGGGCACUGAAGAGAUCAGACUUAUUUAGAUAUAAGGGUGGACAGCAAAGGAGGCAACACCAGGAACUGACCCCACCUUGUGAUACGGCCUCUACAACAUCAUCUGUGACUUCUGACACUGGUAAAGAUCAAGAACAUUGUUACUGUGGACAAAAAAGCGAUUGGCUUGCCCAGAUGUUACUUUGCUGUCGAUGUUCUCGCUGGUUUCACCAAAGAUGUGUGCCGAGUUUACAAUACCCACUCUAUGCUGGCGAUAAAUUGUACAUAUUUGCUUGCGCCGACUGCAACGGAGGAGCGGAAUACCUACGGCGGCUGGAACUGUGUUGGUUGGAUUUGGCCCACCUCGUUUUAUACAAUCUUACCGCAUAUAAUGCGCCAAAUUAUUUCGACCUCGACAACGUCAUAAUGCCUUACAUAAUGGAUAACUGGCAUGCACUUCAAUUACCUGAAAAGAUGUGGCGGACUCCAGUGAACGAACGCCGAGAAAGAAUUUUAACUGCGUUAACGUCGUCUCGAAAGCGAUUUAAAUGCGGUCGUGAAAUGAAAAAACGUGCCACUAUUUGGGGCUUGCGCCUGCGCCGCCCGCCGCCGCCGCCGCAGCAGCUCUCGGCGCUAGAGCAGAUCAAGAAAGGGGAACCGUUGACUGACGAACAAGUCCGGGAGCUUGCACCGCGACUUAGAUUCCUGCCGAGGACCCCGUCGCCGACGCCUUGCGUUGACGACAGUUUGCAGCCUUCCAGCAGCAACUCCGACAAAAGUUCCUACAAAAAUAUGGUGCAAAAUCAACGUAACAGUAUGAUUGUGCCGGUCGAUGGUCAUUGGUUAAAUUUAAUGAUGGGCAAACGGUUCCAUGAAAAUCUCAAUUCGUAUUCAGAAAAUGAUUCAACUAGUUCCUAUGAGAAACCUACAGAAGCCGACGAACAACCUUCACCGUCCAUACGCACUUCUUCUUCUAGAAACUCUGAUGCCAAAGCUGAUAAUAUAGAAACAAGUACAGACCUAAAUGUAACAGAUACCAACGAUGACAAAGUUUGUGAAAAUCCUGCAGUGCCAUCUCAUAACCCUUCCUUAGUUCCAUGUUCCGUAGCAUUAGAUAAAAUAUCCAAAGAGAACGUAGUCGAUACAAACGCGGUGAAGUGUGAUGUAACUAACAUCGAUAUCAGCACUCACUCGACGCGAAUAGCAACUAUGAACUUAGAAGUAUCUAAGUUGUCCACUAAGAACAUUAUUGAACAUUCCAAAAUAAUGUCCCUACACCACAUGAAUAGUAAGCCCUCUUACCCUAACACUUUUUAUGAUAUGGAGUCGUCGGGUGACGAAACGUCCGUUAGCAGAGGAACCUUAGAUCACAUCAUACCUCCACUUAAAAAUUUUCAGGGUAAAAAUAACCCAUUUUUAAUGCAAUUUACUUACUCUGGUAAGAAAACCUUUUCGUCGAGUGCGCACAAUAAACAAAAUGGCAAGCAAAAUACAUUUCAGUCACGAUUCUCCUUACCCAUUAAUUUAAAUCCAAUGAUAGGAAAUCCUCUUAUAAGACCUAUGAAAAGGAAGCUCAGCGAAAAAGAUAUAGUCAUCGGGCCCAACGGCGAGGUGAAAAGAAGAAAAUAUAGAAGACCGCGCAAAUAUUUACAGUCACAGCUCAACAAAUCGUGCCCCCUUCCGGAUGAAGCUAAUAAAUCCGCUCAAAAUUCCAACGAAAACGGAGCGAUCGCUUCAUCGAAUAACACAAAAUUUAACGGUAGAAGACUGAGACAAAGGCAAGAAAAAAACUAUUAUGAAAACGCCCGACGGAAUACGAGCAACAACCCUUCGAAUAUUAGUAUUAACAGCGUAAAGAGUCUACAGCUCAGUCCUCACAAGGCGAGCGGUGGCACCGAGGAGCAGGCAGAGCAGCUGUCCGCGCUAAAGUCACGCGUGCAGUCGUACUUCCGCGCGGGCCAGACCUUCCGCGUACAGGCGCGCCGCCACGCGCCGGGCGCGCCGCCCGCCUACCUCAUCGAGUGGGACUCCGUCUGA